GACAUUUGAAAAUUGUUCUCGGUAGUUCACGUGGAAGCGUCGAUAAAAAGCGAGUGAUAUUUGGAGGUUAUACAGGUCACGUAAGAAACUGUUCCAACAGCCUAGCGACCCAGCUCUGGAUGUGCUUGCGCGGCUGCUCGGAAAUUUACGUAAAAGCAUCGCCGCGAGAUAACCUCCAAUGUCGCGGAGGCUGCCGGCGGAGAGCGGCGUGCCGGUGUGCGAGAAGAUAAUUUGUCCGCCGCCGGAGGAGUUGAGCGUGAUUGUCAACAAUGUCACCUGUCAGUGUGGGCUCGUCUUCAAGAACGAGUCGCGCUAUCGACUGCAUGAUCUCAAGGUGCAUCAGAAAAAAAAAUUGGAUAAGAUCACGAAGGAGAAUGUGCGCUAUCACUGCCCCGUGCAGUCGUGCGUCUAUGCGGUCAAUUCUCAGAAAUGUUUCAGCAGCCUGAAAUACCUGAAACAGCAUUACUUGAAGGUGCAUGCUGAGAGGAAGUACGCGUGCGAUCGCUGCAGCAAAAGUUUCUCCACCGAGUCCGCCAAGGAUGGGCACGUGAGAGUUUGCGGCAUAGAAUUCACGUGCACCUGCUCAAAGACCUAUACCACGUACGAGGCACUGCUGACGCAUGCGAAGCGGCUUCAACACGUCAUAACAGAAAAGGAGAACUUCCUUAAUACAACUUCCUUAAGAUGUGCCAACUUCAAAUCGGUGCGAGUUGUCUUUCCGACUGAAAUCGUAAACAAACCUGUCACUAUACUACCCAAACCAGACAAGAGUAGCAAAAAUAUUAGCAUCACGACGAGAAGUACAUCUGACGCUGGUACGCAGACUGACGAUUAUAAAGGAAGCAAGAGGGUUUCGAGCCGAUCGAAAUUCACUAGCAAUAAUCAGCACUAUGCAAAGCGCCGGAAGCGAGUGUCGAAGCAGAUGCAGACCAGCAAGGGUUCUGGCAAAUCAACGGAAACGCAAACGCAGGCGGUCAGGAGCGCGUCGGAGGCGCGGAGGCGCGGAGGAGGCCGUCGCGCAUCGUCGAAGCAAUCGGAGCACGCGUUGAUCAAAGAGGAGCUUAAUCUCGGCGACAAUUUCGCAUCGGCCAACUUGUUUCCCUCGAGCCCGUUACCGCUCCGCCACGACGUAGGGCUGCAGGACUUCUGGGAGGAGAAGAACACCUCGGGUACGCAAACGUUACCCGAGAAGGACAUAUUCAAAGAAUUCAUCGACAACGUCACUCAGACGGAAUUCGAAGCGCUGAGCACGCAUGAGCACAGUUACAAUCCCCCGAUACAAUGCGUACCGGUGAGCACUGUGGUGUUGAUGACCCUGCCUUACGUCGUGGUCACACCACCGGUAGCCACCGAGGGGUACUCCUCAGCCCCAGCCGACGGUGUGUAUCAAGUAAAUCCCACGCUGAGCCACGCCGCUAAGACGUUCGACGACGGGUUCAGCAGCAUAGAAACGCAAACCGAGCAAGCUUUCUCGCCGUCGUUGUACUCGGAAUCCCUACCGGGGUCGUUCGCCCUAGGUUCCAACAUGGAAACCCAGAGUACGAACAAUCUCGACAACAUGGCGCAGCUACUGUACAACAACAUGUGUACUCAAACGUGCGACGAAAUGCUGUCGUCCGAUCUCGGAUUGUCCAACAUACAGACCCAGACCGCGUGGACGCACGACGACACCACGGUAUCCACCGAGACUCAAACCAAGUCCCUGAUUUGCCAGUCCGACUGCAACAUCCCCAUCGGAGGCUGUAGGUCCUGGCUGAACACGCAAACGAGUCACACCGAGACGCAGACCGAUCUGCUCAGUAUUGUCGAGGGGCUUGAAUAAAUUCAGCGUUAUUGCUAUUCGCUGUGAUUCGCCGAUUACCGUUUGGCAUUUCGUUCAGUUCGACUUAUAUUUUUUAUUUACCUUGUUUUUUUCUUUUCUCUAUAACAUAUCGUUGAUACAACGAUAUACUAUCGAUGUUAAUUUAUCGUUACGUUUGCGUUUUCUUUUUGUCGUUUUUUUGCAUGUUUUCUAAAAUUAUUUUACUACAAUUACUCAUUAAAAAAAAUCCAAGUUUCAAGUUUAUGAUUGCGUUUAUCAGGUCAAGUCGCCCAUUUCAGGAAUAAUACAUAGAAUUUGCAAUAUAUAGAAUACACGAUUAGAUCAUUAUAUCAUAUCGUCUCUUAACUUUUUUGUUUGAAAUUGUUAUGCAAAGUACCAAAUAAAAAUGUUGACAUAGC